AUGCGAGUUUCAAGGCACGCCUCUCUGCCCAAUGAUGUCGCCGUGGAGACAUUACCACCCGUCGUCCUUCGCAAGUAUUUUAGCAGCUUAGAGCGUCUCAGGCUGGCCGAAGAUGGCAAACACCAUUCACGCCCCCCUUCUCGACUGUCGAUUUACCCUUCGCACGAUAUCGGUGUCACAAUCAAGGGCGCAGACAGCUCUACCAUCGUGAUCGACGGCUUCGUACAGACAGUGCGGCUUGGCAACAGCAAGAAGCUGCGCAGGAGGAGGAACUCAACAGCGGACAUCACCCCGGACACUGUCGCCUGGUUCGCUUCACUGCCCCCAGCGGUGCAAAGGAAGCUCUUCUCGAAGGAAGAGUGCUCCUUCCUUUCACGAGAGAAGAACACCUUGAUUCUCGACGCCGCAGACGAGACCCUUCGUCGCCGUAGCUGGCAUCCUACACAGUUCACCGCUUUCGAACCUCGGCGUUCCGAAGACGACGACGACACCAUCGUGGACAGUGAAGACCUCAAAGACGACGACCGAGUGGAUUCUGCAAUCGGGAUGGGCGACUACUCAAUAGACGGCUUCCGGUGGCUGGACGAUGAAGGAGACCUGGAUCUCAAGCUGGACGACUACCAUCUGGCCAUUGCCGAGACCAAUCGUCGGACAAUAUCUGCAUCAGGCCCUGUAAGACGCCGUUCGAGACGAAACCCUUCCUUGUCAAGCCUCUCCAUCCGUCGUGGCCGGUCGUCCACAUCAUCGAACCGGCCAGUCGUGGAGGCACCCCCAACACCAGCCCUACCACCUAUACCUCCUCACACUCGCGCUUCGUCAUUUUCACUCAAGCACUUUCGCUCCCAGGCAUCCAUAUCAUCAAUCGAUCCUCGCGCGACUCAUUAUCAAGACCCAGCCGCUCGAAUGAAGCUGCGGCUCUAUCUGGCCUCCCCACAGAAGUUUGACGAGGCGGUCGAGUUUGGAUUCCCGUCGAUACAAGGCAAAGAUUCUCGAACCCCGAUCCGGCCAAUGACAAGCCCACAGCCGAGACCGGAGACCAACAGGACCUUCUUUCAUGACGACACGCCAGAACUAUCAGGGGAUGACGAGGACGACCCAGAGGAACCGGACACUCUUUUUGAUCCACGGACCCCCGAAGAUCCGGUCUUCCAGAUGAACCGUCCGUCGCGGAAGGGUAGCGUCGACGGGUUUGCCAAAACGCUACGACCUUUUUCCAUGCGGAGACCUACCGAGACAUAUUCCCGUGGACUCCCGUCGGAUCGAGAGAUGACGCUACACAUGACUCUCACGCGACCAGAUCUCCGCGCACCGGAGGAACUGCAGUCACAACAUGAUCCGCAGAAGGUCAACAAAAUGCCACUGGAGAAGGCCGAACUACCACCGGAAGCCACGCCAGUCUCUAUCUGGGACACGCUACCGCCUGAAGAAUCCAAGAUGAAGAGAUUUCUUCGCAAACUGAAGCUCAAGUGA